AUGCAGGCAUUGUGGCCUUACCAUACCUAUCGACCGGUCACCUGGGAUCGUUACUACGUGAACGAGCAUCAUGAAAAACAUCCAUCGGUCAGCAGUGGAGUGGCGGCUGGCGUCACAAUAGGCAUCUUCUUCAUAGUCUUUCUUUUCACGUUCGGUUGUCGUAUCUACAGCCAAUACGCCGAUCGAUCAAUGAAAUCCUUAAAUAGUCCGUUUUCAGAGUCAGGACUGAGUGAAUCCUUAGCAGAGGAUAUGUGGAUAUGUGGUGUUCCCCAUGGACCACCGCCACCUUACGAAGUUGCCAUUCGUAUGCCAUGUUCUCCACCGGAUGCAAGUCCAGUUUGA